AAAGUGCUACAGAAAACGUUAAAGUGAAAGAUUUGUAACGAGUGUUAAUUUCAAUUUACUCAGUGUAAUCCAAGCAAUAUAUACAAUGUCGCUCAUUCCGAUUUUGUUCCGUGAUUGGUGGGAUGACUGCCUGGACAGUCCGCUACGAGCCUCGCGAAUCCUGGAUCAGCAUUUUGGCACCGGAAUUACGGCUGACGAUCUUUUGACAGCACUCACAGCUUCAAGCAGAGCGAAUCGUCCCAGAGUUGGCUACGUUCGUCCAUGGCGUAAUACACAUCUGGCCUCGCGUAAUGAUUCCGGAUCCUCAGUCAACAUCACAGGUGAUAAGUUCCAAAUUAAUCUGGACGUUCAGCAGUUUUCACCGGAAGAAAUCACUGUGAAGGCGACCGACAAGUGCAUCACCGUUGAAGGCAAACACGAGGAAAAGCAAGACGAACAUGGUUUCAUCGAAAGGCAUUUUGUGCGACGAUAUAUGCUGCCAGCAGGACACGAUCAUAAUGGUAUCGUGUCCUCGUUGUCUUCGGAUGGAAUUCUAUCGAUAACUGCACCGAAAAAAGCUCUUCCACCUCCGGCUGAAGAGAAGGCUAUCCCUAUUGUGCAGACAGGACAACCGAUGAAAAAAUUACCCGAAAAGAAAGCGGCAGAGAGCGAAAAGUUGGUGGCGAAUGGCAAAUAAUAACCUUUAAACAAAUAGUUCCUCUAUAUCAAUAAUGCAUUAGCCAUAUAAGUACAAUUUCAACAAUGUGAAAAAGCAUGUUAAUAAACUAGU